GCCGAGCCCCACGCGGGGCGCCCUGCCUGGCCUGGGGCGGAGCGGGGGGCGGGGCCCCGGUCCCCGCGCGGCCCUUCCCUGAGCGUGCGCUCGGCGGGCGCCAUUGUGAGCCCGCUGGCGGCCGUGAGGCGCCUCGGAGCCCGUUCCCCUCCCCCAGCCCCCCGUCGGGAGCCUGCCCCGUUCGUCGGGCUCGCGCCCCCGGCCCGGCCCCGGCCAUGGACGCGGAGGAGAGGCGGAGGAAGCUGGAGGCCGGUAGAGCCAAGCUUGCUCACUUCAGACAGCGAAAAACAAAAGGUGACAACACGCAGUCGCAGAAAAAGGCGGCGAAGAGGAAGGGCUCGUCUGACCACACGCAAGACAUUCCAAAGGAAGAGUGCAUGAUAGUGGCCCAGGAUUCUGAUGUUCUUACAGAACUUAAUAUAAGUGUAGAGAGUAAGACUGAAGAGACAGAGACAAGAUCUGAGAGAAAGGCUGAUGUUGACCUUUCUAACCCAGACUUGGUGGAUGAUCAUGCUUCUGAAAAAGAUGUUCUAUGUUCUAUUAAGGAAUACGAUCAGCUUGAUGUCCAGAUGUGUCGGACUAGAAUUGUGGAGCUGGAAAAAAGACUUCUGGACAAACAGGAAGCAACUGAAAGACUCACUACAGAGGUGGAUGAUUUACUGGAACAACUUGCCAAGCAUAGUGGGGCCACACAUCUUCAGGAGCUGGAGACGGCUGUCCAGGAACGGAAUGAGAUAAUAGCUCAGCUGACAAGUAACCUUCAGCAGGCAAGGCAAAAUCGGGAUGACAUUCAGGAAGAAGCCUCACUCCUAGCUGAUCAGAUCCAUGGUUUACAGCUUCAGUUACAUGAGGCUAAUGAGCUUCUGAAAAGUAGAAUUCCUGGAAAAAGUGAAUUAUGUCAAGCCCAGGAGCAGAUGGCUGUGUUUCAGAACAGACUGAAGGAACAAAGUACUCAAUUGCAGAUAAUGCAUCAAAAAGCAUAUGACCUGGCAGUAAAACUGGAGUCUUCUCAAAAGAAUACCAAAGAUAAAGAGAGUCUGCUUGCACAGAAGGAAGAGAAUCUGAAUAAUACAAUGCAACAGAUGUACAACGAUAUAGGAGAAAAAGAAGAAACAAUUAAAGGUCUUCAAGAUAUAGUGACAUCAGAAAGGUCUAAUUUAUCUCUCCUACAACACACACUUUCUCUCCGGGACACAGAGAUAAUGGAGUUAAAAAAUGAAAUUGCUUCAGCCAAGAUGAAAGAACAGGAAUAUAUUGAAGAAUUGAAAGCAAAUCACAAAAGGGAUAUUUGUAGACAGUUGCAAGAUUUGAGGACUGGUUUGGAAGAGUGUUACAGAAAAGAGAUAGUAAGAGUUAAGGAGGAUUGUGAAGAAGAGAUGAAUAAAAAAUAUAAAAAUGAACAUGAGCAGAUAAAAAGAGAACUCUCUGCUUUGAAUUCUGAUGAAGAUUUUCAGAAUUUAAAUGCAAUAAUUAUUGAUUUAAAUAAUAAACUGCAUGAGUCUGAAAUUCAUAGAGAAAACUUGUGCAAGCAACUUAAAAAUCAAAUGGAGGAUUUUCAGAGAGAGAGGUCUGAGAUUGAGCUGAGGUAUAAGGAUUUAGUAGAAGACCUCAAAUUACAGCUUACUAAUGCAGAAAAACAGGCUAAGGAAGCACAGGAAUCUAAACAAGAAAAGGAAUAUUUGAAUGAUGAGAUCCAAAAGCUCAACUCCUUCAUCCAGGAAUUAAGUGAAAAGCUGCUCCUUGAGACAAAAAAUAACAAAGAUUUAAAGCAUAAGCACGAUGAAGAAAUAACUGUCUAUAAUUUGAAGCUAAAAAAGUUAGAGCAGGAGGAAAAAUUGUUACAGGAGGUGUCAGCAUCACAGAAAGCAGAGCUUGAGAAGAUGCAGAAUAAAUUAUGCCAGCAUGAAGGUGAAAUACAGUUAGUUCGUGAAGAACUAGAGUUCCAACAUGGCUUGCGAGUGGACUCUUUUAAAGCUGAAUUAGAAGACACAAAGAAAAAUCUAAAGAUGGUCAAAGCAGCGAAGGACCAUAAAAGUUAUGAAGCCGAUAACACGUCUGAAGAAAAUAUGGUAGAACUAGGAUCUUUCAUAGAAGAUGCUGACAUAUUAACGAAAUAUCUUGUCUCCACUGAGAGACAGGAGCAGUCAUACAUAUCAGACAAUUCUGAACUUCUUGAUACUGAAGAGGAUAGAUUUGUGCUAGAUAGUAACAUCAUUUUAGAAUCCAACAUGGACUCUGCAGCAGAUAAGUUAAUGUUUAGCCCUGAUGAACAAAAGUGUAUUAGCAGUGUACUGCAAGGGACUUCUGAUGAAACUGAGCUGGAAGCUGAGGCUUUUGCUUCAUAUUUGUCAGGUGAUUCCUUGCUGCAAAGUGAAGUAAGUGACUGUAAGGAGGUGAAGGAUGAAGAGAGAGCUGGCUUGAUGGAGAGAUGUGUUAAGCUAUUUAAGGAGCUCAGUGAAAAAGAGUCAGCACUGAACAAAUCCUAUCAGGAGACCCAAGAAGCUCUUGAAAAAUGGGAAAAAGCAACAGCUGAACUUUCCAUUACACAUUUAGAACUGAAUAAGGAGCGAGAAGCACGGGUUCGUUGUGAAGAAGAACUUGAUCAAAAAGAAAAGAAGGAGAAAGAGCUUGAAAACAAAAUAAACUUUCUGGAAAAGCAGGGUGAAGACAGAGAUCUAACAGUUUGUAUUGAAGAAUUAGGGCUUGGAAUAAAGGCUUCAAAGUCACAUACUUGGCAGGAGAUGAUAAAGGACUUCAAGCAGGAAAGAGAAACAUUGAUGUUGCAAUUGAGGGCUCAGGAGCAAUUAGUAAAAGAAGUUCAAGAGCAGAAAACUGCCUCUGAUUCAGUAACGAGUGAGGUACAGUCCCUUUUUGGACGUCAACUAGCUGCUUUGCAAAGCCAAAGGGAUCAAAUGCAAGCCCAGCUUGAUGCCCAGAAGGCCAAAAACCAGACUAUGGCCGAACUUCUUGGUCAGAAAACCAUAUUAGAAGAGACAUUACUGAAAGAACAGGAGGCUCUCAAAGCUGAAAUCAAUAAUAAAGAACAAAGUUUAACACUCACACUUAAGGAGAAUAUAACCUUACAAGAAAGAUUGUGUACUGUAGAGCAGAAUCUAAUAAAAGCAGAAAAAGCUCUGGAAAAGAAUCUUGAAAAAAAUAUACACGAUCUGAAUAUGAAAACGAAAAACUAUGAAAAAGCACUGGAGUGUGAAAGAGUGGAAUUUGAGGAGAAAUUGAAAUCCAGUAACUUGGAACUCCAGAAACUUAAUAUUGAAAUGCAGGCCAAAAAAAUGGAAUACACUGAGAAAGAAAACAAACUGACUGAGGAAGUGGCUCAUUUGAAGAAGGUUCAGGUGGAACUGGAGAAUCACCUUCAGGAAACUGUGCAGAAAUCUGCACAAGCCAUACAGGAGGUACAGUCUGAGAUGAGGAGACAUUAUGAAGAGGAAAUUAGUAAAACGGAAUCUCAGCAUCUUUCUGAAACAAGAAAAAUGAAUCUGGUACACCAGGAAGAGAUAGAAGAGUUAAAUGCAGAAAUAAAAGGGAAGGUGGAAAAACAGCAGAACUUGGAGGCGGAACGAAAAGAACAGAUUGGAUUAAUUAAAAAGGUUCAUGAACGAGAACAUGAUCGUGAAAUUGCUGAACUAAUUAUUAAACAUGAAGAUGAAAUGAAAGAACUACGUGCGGAACUAAUUAAGAAACAGCAGCAACUGUUGGAUGAACUUCAGCAACAAAUGGAAGGUACACAUAAAACAGAGAUGCAGCAUGCUCAGCUCCAGUCACAGACACUGCACAAUCUCGAGUUGGAAGGUUUACGACUAAGUUUGUCUAAUAUGCACACAUCCCAGCUGGAGUUGAUGCAGUCUAACUUGAGAAAAGAGAAGGAAACUGCUCUUGUGGAGUUACGGGAGAUGCUCAAUGAUAAGCGUGCUCAGGAAGUAGCAAUUCUACAGAGCCGACAUCAGUUUGAGUUGGAGCAUAUUAAAGAACAAAAUCUGAAGGAAAAAGAAGAAAUUGCACUGAAAUAUCAACAAGAACUAGAUGAGAGGAAGAAAAUAGAAUUGGAAAUGGAAAAGAAACACAUCCAGACCCUGGAGACUCUUAAAGGAGACUGUGCACUGAAGACUGAAACAUGUUUAAAAAACAUCCGUGAGGAGCUAUCUGAAAAACAUCAGACUGAAAUGGGUGAACUGCAGAAAACUCUGAAAUUGGAACUAGAAAGAGUUAAAGAAGAGCUGAAGAGUCUAUCUCUUAAAAAAGAGCAGGCGGAAAUGAAAUGUAAAAAUCUGGAGAAUGAACACCAGAUGGCAAUUCCAAAACUCUGUGAACAGCUGCAGACGGAACAUGACCAAUGUCUAGAAAACCUGAAAAGGAAAAGCCAGGAAAGAGAACAGGAGAUGCGGCAGGAGAUGGAGAAACUUCAGGCCACAUAUGAAGAAUUAAAAACUCGAUCACAAGAAGAAAUCAAACAGCUUUGGUCUCAGCUUGAUAGCACACGAGCAAGUCGACAGGAGCUAAGUGAGUUAAAAGAACAGCUUCUGGCUCGCACAUCACAUGUGGAUGAAAUAGAACGUUUAAAGCAAGACUUUGAACAGCAGCGGCAGCAGAGAAGAAGCGAACAUGAAACUGAGUUGGAACAACUGAGAAUUUACUUUGAAGAGAAACUAGGGGCAGCUGAAGAAAACUACAGAGAAGAAUUAACUCUGCUGCAUCAGAGGCUGCAAGAAUUAAAGGAAUACUCUUUGUUGGAGUCAGAGAUUAGUCAAGAUCAGCCUUUAGAUAUCAGCUCCUCGGUCACACUUUUCGAAGAGGCAAGUGAAAAAGAGAGAAGGGAUACGCUUGACCAACUAACUCAGCAACUGGAGCAGCACAAGGAAGAAUUUACUUGUUUGCGACUACAAUUGGAGGAAAAACACAGACAUGAACUAGACUCCUUAAGAUCUUCCCUUGCACUCCAAUAUAAGGAGGACCUGAUGAAGAUGAAGAUGGAUCUCUCAGACAGAUAUAUUUCAGAAAUUGAGGAAUUAAAAAAGAAACAUUGUCUAGAUCUUGAACAACUCCGUGCCAAGCUUUCGGAAGAGCACAUCAAAGAAAUUACCAAACUGCGUCUACAGAGUGCUCAAGAUGCAGCGCGCCAGGUUGAAGCAGAGGUUGUUGAACGAGUAUGUGUGCUGGAGAAUGAGCACAAAGCUAAACUCUCCCUCCUUCAGUCUGAGAAACAGUACAUUGCAGAACUGCAGGGAGAAAUACAACACUUAGAGAGAGAGAGUGCUAAACUAAAAGACAUUGGUGUCCAGCAUGAAAUCCAUCUGAAAGAGGAGAUGGAAAAGAUAAAAUGUAGACUUGUUGAUGAUCACAAGAAUGAAUUAAAAAGAACUCAAGAAGAGGUCCAGCAAAUGGAACAAGUGCACAAAGAAAAGGAGGAGGAAUGGAAGUGUGAAAGAGAGGCCCUGAGGAUCAAAGUUGAAGAGAAGUUAUCAUGGUUACGUACAGAACUUGAAGACAAGGCAGAGUAUGAGAAACAAACUUUGCAAAAGGAGUUUGAACUUCGUGAAGCUGAAAUGAAUCAGCUUCGGGAUCAGCAGGCUGCCAGAAUUGUAGAACUGGAGAAGUCCCUAAAGGAGCAGCAGAACAAUCUGCAGCAGCUAGAGGAUAGCUUAGCAAGUGUGCAGACUACACAGAAAGCUCAGUAUGACAGCGAACUGCAAGCUGCCAAGGCACUCAUGGAAAAAAAGUUGGAAAAAGCCACAUUUGGGCUCCAAGAGGAAUGUGCAGCUAAACUUAUGGAAGCACAGAACAAAUUUAUGGAGGAACACAAAAUUAUGACUCAAAAAUUCACAACAGAGCAAGAGCUUCUCCUCCAAGAGUUGAAAGGGAAGCAUGCUGAUGAGCUAGAACUCCAGAGUCAACAGCUACAGGAGAAGCAUAAGCAACAUAUUUUAUCCCUCACAGCUGAGCUGCAGACAAAGCACCAAGCUGAAAUUGAGACACUUACAUCUACAUUACAAAGCAAACAGCAGGCUCAUCUUGAAGCUCAUAUAGCUGAGCUGCAGGCAAAGCAUCAAACACAAAUUGAUGAAUUGGAAGCUAAACACUUGUCAAAUCUGGAUUCUUUGGAGUCUUCAUACCUGUCUGAAAUUCAGAUUAUACGAGAUGAGCACAAACAAGCUGUUGAGGAUCUACAGAUGCAUUUCAUAGCGCAGCUGCAUGAGAAGGAUAAGGCGAAUCAAGCAAUUUUGACUCAGGAAAUGGAAAGGCUGAAAUUAAAACAUUCUGAAGAGCUGCAACUUUCACAAGACAAUCUGAAAAUUGAGCUAGCUACUAUUCAUAUUGAAAAACUUAAAGCCAUGGCUGCUGAGCUGGAAGAAGCUCAUAAGGAAGAUUUGAAUACAACUCUUCAAAAUCAAAGAUGUUUGUUGGAAGAAGAAAAUCAUAAGGCUCUGGAUGUAUUGCGUGAAGAAGUAUUGCAUAUGGAGGAACAUCAUAAAAAAGCACUAAAAGAGCUCCAAGAUCUUCAUGUGGCAGAAGUUCAGAAACAGAAAGAAGAAUACUCCUGGCAGCUGCAGGAAGAGCUAGAGAAGCUAAAAGCACAGCAUGAACAUGAAGAGGAGAUGUAUGCCUCUGCUUCUGCCUCUGAAGUGGAAACUGUGCGAACAGCUCUCCUAGCUCAGUUUGAGGAGGCGAAAUUGAAGCAGCAGCUUCAGUUCCAGGAUGAGAUUGAACUGCUCAAAUGUCAGUCAGAGGUAUUACUGGAACAGCAGAUUACACAACUAAAGGAGGAAUUUAAUGCUGAAAGGAAGACUGCCUGGCGCAGCAAGGAGCAGGUGUUGAUACAAGAGACAGAAAAGGCACAAGCCCGUUACCAAAAGGAGAGAGAGGAGUUAUCAGCACAGAUCCAGGAAAAGACAAAUAUAAUCAUCCAGCUGGAAAAGAAAGUGGAGUCUUUAAAUCAUGAGUUGGAGGAGACUAGCUCUGAGCUAGAUACCCUCCUACAGCGACGAGACAGAGAAAACCAAGAAGGAGAGUACUUGGUAGCUAUGUUGAGAUCUGAUAUUGAACUGUCCCAGAAUGAAAGGAAAAAACUGCAGGAAUCUUAUCAGCAAGUUUUGAAAUUAUUUGUGGAAAUGGUAAAGGCCACUAUCGCCACAGAAGACCUUAUCUGUAAGAAAGUUGGUCUCUGUCUUGAUGACAGUCUGGCAUCUGGAGAUUCUAGAGAAAGCCGCAGUAUGAUGGAAGAAGUGGGAUUCAUACAGCAUUUCAAAGCCAGAGAGAAGCGUGACCUAGAAAAAAGUGACCUGGAUGAAACUCUUACAGAACACAACCAGGUGUCUGCAGUGACAGAUGAAGGGUCUGAGUUGAGCCAACACUUAUGUGAGAGUGUUUUUGCAAGCCCAGACCUGGCAUUGGAGAAUGAAGAGAUGAUCCUGAAAAUUUGUUGCCGUUUGCGUACUGCUGUGGAGAAACUUCUAGAGCUGGUUACAGAAUCAACUAAACAAUUGGAGAAAACACAUGAAAUUCACGCUCACUUUGAGGAGGAAUUCAGCCGCAGAAAUCAGGAAACUGCCCAAGUGGUGAGUCAGCACCAUGAUCUAAUGGAGUGUCUAAAUGAGGAAAGUGAGGCAAAGAAUCAACUGGCACUGGAGCUUCAUAAAGCAGAAGGUAUCAUUGAAGGCUAUGUAGUAGAGAAAGCAGCCUUAGAAGAGGCAAUGAGCCUGAAAGAAGAGUCUGAACGACGCCUUGUUUUGGAACUGGAGAGCCUGCAGGAACAGUUUCAGAAGCUAACCCAGGAACAGGCAAUACUCUGUGAGGAGCGGGAUAUGCUAAUAAGUCAAAAGAAAGCUCUGGCUGCCAACGUAGGAGAAAUAGAAGUUGGAGUUCCUGUUGCUAAUGUAGCACAAAAGGAAGAUUCAGGUUUACUAAAGGAAGUAGAAUUUUUAGCAAAAGAGAAGUUAGAACUGCAGUGCCAGGCAGAGAAAGACCAUUCCAGCUUGCGUUCUCAGAUGAAGGUUUUGGAAGUGGAACUUGAAGAACAGAUGGAUCAAAAUCAGAAGUUGGCAAAGAAGUCAUUGGAGGUUACUGAUUUAAGGCAGCAAAUUCAAGUCCUUGAAAAACAGCUUAGAAGUCAACGACAGUUCAUGGAUGAACAAGCUAUAGAGCGAGAACAUGAACGUGAUGAGUUUCAGCAAGAAAUUCAGAAACUAGAAGAUCAGUUAAAAUUGUCAGGAAAAUCCCAGACUUCUGGAGAGCCCAGACAAUAUGGGAUCUUUGAAUUGACUCUCCAGAUAGAGUCUUUGCAAGCAGAAAUAAAAGACAAAACAGAUGAUUUCAAUAAACUGUUGUUAGAAAAGGAGCAGAAAUACCGGGAAGUUACAGUUCGAGAUAAAGAAAUAGAGGAGCAAACAGCGCAGAUUAGAGAGCUGGAGCACACCAAUACUGAGGCCUCAAAGACUGUCAGCCGUUUGGAACAAGAACUGCAAAAAAUGAAGAAAAGGGAAACUGAACUAACACAAGAUAAAGAGGCAUUGCAACAGCAGCAGUACAAUAAUUUGAUCCAGAUCUCUGCCUUGCAGUCUAAAUUGGAUGAAGCCAGGCACAGAGUACCUACUGAAGGCAGUUCUGAUCAUGGGCUAAAGGAACAGUUACAGGCAGAGCAGGAGGCACUCCUAAUGAAAGAGAGAGAGAUCCUGAGUUUGUUAGAGCAACUAGAACAGUUUAAAGAGAACUUAAUCAAUAAAAAUGAGGAAAUCCUGCGGCUGAACUUGCAGUUAGAGAUGCAAAAAAACCUUACCACUGGCAUUGGCCAGCUUCAAAUAGAGAAUGCUCAUCUGAAGGAGGACAUAGCAAAACUCCACAUGAUGCAAAGUCAGAAGGUGGGUAAUAGUGAAUCAGCAGUUUUGCAGUUCCCACAGGCUUUGCUUGAGGAAAAGAAUCAAGAAAUUGAUCAUUUGAAUGAGCAGAUUGAGAGACUCCAGCGUGAACUGGAUGGUGCCACAGAUAAUAAGGUCAUGGAAAACGGAAAAUCUGAAAUUGAUGAACUCAGGUUACUCGUUGAGCACCUUCGUGGUGACCAGGAAAGACUGCAUAGGGAUAAAGCAGAAGAGGUAGAGCAGCUUCAUGGAGUAAUUGAGAAGCUUCAAAAGGAGCUGGUACAACUUGGACCCGUGUGUCAUGAAGUUAGUGACAGCCAAGAUAACCUUAACCUGCUUCGGUUGGAGGAGCAGGUAGAGAACCUUCAGAAUGAAUUGAAGAAAGGAUCACUAGAUUUUCAGGAGCAUUCAGAUAAAAAUAAGAAAACUGUGUUGCUACAUUCCAACCUGAAGGAGCUUCAGGAAGAAUUAGAACUUGUCUCAACUGCUCGAGAAGCCCUGCAGCAGCUGCUUGAAGAGAAGGAAUCUCAGUUUAAAAUGGAGGUGGAAAUUUUAGAACAAAAUCUUCAAAAUGUACAGGAGUCUUCAAGGCAGCACUUGGCAGAGUUAACGUCCCUAAGAAUACAGUAUGAUGCAUUUCAGGAGGAGUAUAGCCUUCUAAGAACACACCUCUCUCAGAGAGAUGGUGAAAUGGGGAUCAUGUCCACGCGCAUUCAAGAGCUUGAAGAUACACUGAGAGCGAGAGAAGCAACUCUUUUAGAGAGCGACUUGCAGAUUAAGACAGUAGCAGAGCAGAGAGUAGUGGAGGCAGCUGAAUUACAGCACCUAGCAGAAAAGAUUGUGAGGCUUGAAGGUGAACUGUUACAGAAGGAUCUGCAUCAGAAAACUGAGGCUGAAGAAGUUCAAACCCUUCAAUCAGAAGUCUCCAGGCUUGAUUUCAAGGUUCAAACACUGAAUCAGAAAGAAGUAGUUUACCAGAGAGAAAUAGAUGAACUUCAAGCAAAUGCUACAAAAUUGAAAGAUCAGAUCCAGGAAUUUUUGAAAGAACUCCAAGCCCUGUGUUCUGAAAGAGAUGACCUUUAUUCACAGCUGGAAUCCUACAAGGAAAAGGAACAAAGUAAUGAUCAAGAAGCUAAACUUCAUAAACUGGUCUUAAAACAAGAAGGAGAGGUUCAAGUUCAUACAAAUGGAAUGGAGAAAUUGGGAGAAGAGAGAGGACCAAAUGCUGAUCAGUCAUUUGCAGCUUCAGUUUCCCAAAGUGAUAAAUUGAUUCUAGUACAGUUAGAGGCAACAAACACUUCAGAAAACCACAAAGAUCUAAUCACAAAGAUGACAUUGCAUCAGGAAGAACUUAAGUCUGAAUUAGCCUGUGUGAAAAAGGAAUUAGAAUUAAGUGAAGAACAGACUGGUAAAAUACUGGAGAACAUAAAGGAGAAAGAUGCAGCUAUAGCUGACUUGAAGACUCACAGCAGAAAUCUAAAAACUCAGAUUAAGCAACUGCAAGAGACACUCCUGACUCAGGAAGCAGAGAUGACAGACAAGGCCAGAGAGCUGCAAGAUCUGAAAAAGCACUAUCAGCAAAUCUUGGAAUUUCAUCAAAAUCCAGACUCAAUGAAAUGCAAGUUGAACAACCUUUCACAAAACACAGAGCAUGCUAAAGAGACACCCAAGGACUUUAAACGUUUAGUCAUGGAUAUGACUUCAUGGGACUCACCUGAGAUUGUGAGAAAGCAGGAGACAAGCAUAGAACUUCAACCAAGUCUUCACUUAACACCCUUCUCAGAAGUUGAUAGUGUACACAGCACUGACUUUGAAAUGAAGCACAACAAAUCCUCUGUCGUACAAGGAGACACCCCUGGACUGUUGGGAUAUCAAAGUCUGUAUGCUAAUACCAAUGAGGAAGCAGUGGCCAGACUAGAUUUAAAGUCUCCAGCUUUCUCUGAAAGUACCUACUCUAUUGCUGAGUACCAAAAUAUGGAAAAAAGGAUUCUGGUGAGAGAUGUUGAUGACUUCACUUUAACUCCAUCUGAUUCACAAGAUGACCUACGAUCAACAAUGUCUGGUUUAGAGGGGGCAAGUGAUGGAUAUGUCAGCAAUACCAGUUCAGAUUUGGCAGCUAAACUUAAUCAGGAGCUAGAACCAACUGAACACCUGGAUGCUAGUUUCAUGGCUUAUCUGCAGUACUGUGGAAUAUUUCAAGAUGCAAUGGACCCAGUGAAAGAAAAAGAAACGAUUUCACCACAAUUGAAGUCUGUGCUGAAGAUGGUGUACGAGGACAGCCACAGAAUACUGGCUUUGUCAGAACAUCCCUUUCCUCUUAGUGAUCAAAAAAGCAUUCAGCAGUCUGCAGCAGCUGAGGGAUGGCAAAAAGAAGGACUAACCUUGCUGGAUGCAAUACAAUCAUUGAAGGAUUACCUUAGCAAAGUGGAAGAUAGAGGAGACAAGGAAUCUUCAGAUACUUGUUUGGACUGGAGAGGAGAACUUCUCCAGGCAGUUCAGGCUGUGCUAGAGAAGGAGCGGAACAUGUUUCAAAUUAACUUGCAGUCACACCUUUGCAAUCCCGGUUCUGGGGAUGAAGGUUCAUUAGUGGAAAAACUGGAGCAUAUUGUGAAACGACAAGAAGAACAGCAGCGGAUAGUUUUAGAGCACCUUCUGUCUUCUGAUAGGAACAGCUUACUUUCGGAAAUACAGGACCUUCGAGCUCAGCUACGAAUGACACAUCUUCAAAACCAGGAGAAGCUGCAGCAGCUACAGGAAACUCUUACUAAUGCAGAGGAUCAUGGGAGUAAACAAGAACACCAACUUCGGAGGAAGGUUGAAUUAUUAGAAUAUAAUCUUCAGCAGGAAAAAACCAUAGCUAGUGACUUGCAGAACUCUCUAAGUGAGGAACAGGAGAGGGCCUCUGAGAUGCUUGAACUCCUGAAGCAGGAGCGAUCUGCAGUAUCGGACUUGAAAUCAGAGCUUUAUGAAAGCAAAGAAGAGAAUGAAAGUCUACAAAAAUCCCUGCAAAAGCUUCAGAGGGAAAUGAACCAGCUUCGUUCUGAACUGGAAAGUAAAGAAAAAGAUCUGACAGUUGCACUCCAAGACAUACAGAAUGAACAUUCGAAAGAAAAAGAGUUACGAAAUAUGUUUGAAGAACAACACCUUCAGCAUAAGCUAAGAGAGGAUGAAAAGACAAAAGCAUUAGAGGAAUUGCAGGCUGCCUUGGAAUUGCAAUUUAUUCAGAAUAAUCAAAUGUCAGUGGCUUUAGAGCAUGAAAAAUCAGCAAAUAAUAAUCUCCGUAAGGAACUUCAAAUUGAACACUCUCGAUGUGAGGCUUUACUGUCCCAAGAACGAAACAAACUGACAGAGCUACAGAGAAAUUUGGAGGUGGAGAAGAAUCACUCCUUGGAGCUUUUGAAUGCCUUGAACCAUGAACGUGUUUUGACAGAACAACUGAGUAUGAGAGUAAAUGAAGAUUCUUCUUGUAAGCAUAAAGAAUCAUUGCUGGAACAAACCUUUGUGCAAGAACUGCAGGCUCAGUUGGAUGAAGAGCGAUCCCGUGCUAUGGAGCUAGCUGCUAUAAUUGAGAAGACACACCAGCAAGCCAUUCAAUCUAAGAGACAGCUAGAAGCUGAGGUACAAAUGUGUUGUGAAGAAACACAAAAGGAAAGAGAAGUCAGUACCAAGUUACGAGCUACAUUGGAGUCUCUUCAGAGUCAAAAACAGGAGGUAAUCUGCUCCUUGGAGAUACAGAGGGAAAGAGAGGCAAAACUGAAAGUUGAUUGGGAACAAUUGCAGACACUUUUCAGGUCAAUGAAAGAACAGGAGAAAAGCAAGAAGGAAGAAAGGGAAAAAGAGAGACGACAAGAAGAAAAGGAAGAAUUUGAGAAACGGAAGGAAUGGCAGAAAGACAGAGAGAGACUGCAUGAAUUGGAGUUGCAACAUCAGAGGGAUGAACACAGAAUCAAGGAGCUCCAGCAGACACUAGCAGAAUUAGAGGAACAAGAACGAAAUCUUGCCUCUCAUAAAAGUCAGCAAGAGCUUUCUUCAUGUCCUGUAAAAAAUGAUUAUAAUGCUAACUUGUCCUUAGCAACCGAGACUGAAGCAUUGCACCUGCAGCAGCAGCAACUAGAGAAGAUAAGGCAACAAUUGCUUUUUGCUGCUGUCCACCUAAAUGAGUUCAUAUAUAAAACUGUAGACAAAACAGUUAAUGAUUGGUCUGCAUCAAAUGAUGAAGCUAUAGCAUCUUUACUGCAUACUUUAAAGGAGCUGAAAUCGGAGUUAUUGACUUCUUCUAACCCUCUGAAACCACUGCAAGGUUCAGUUUCUCUGGUAGACUUGUUGCUGAAAGAAAAUGGAGAACUUACAAAGUCUGUAACAACACUGACAGAGGAGAAAUUAGAAUUAAGAGCAGCAAUUUGUCAAUUUGAGAAGAAUCUUCAGCAGCAGCAUCAUAGGGGAAUUGGUAACAGACAGAUUCGCUCUACAGAUGAUGCUUACUCCGUCCAGGGAUCAGAAAGGGCUUCCUGGCAGCGAGAAAAAACUAUUUUGCAGAAUGCUUUGAAACAGGCAGAAUCUGAGCUGGCUAAAGCUACUGUUGAAAUUGAAAACAAGCCAAUUAUGGAAACUUCCAACCCAAAGUUGCAGAAAUUAUACAGGAAGUAUCUGCGAGCAGAGAGUUUUAGAAAGGCUCUCGUUUAUCAGAAGAAAUACCUUCUUCUGCUUCUGGGUGGAUUCCAGGAUUGUGAGCAAGCAACGCUGUCGCUGAUAGCUCGUAUGGGAGUCUAUCCUUCGCCUGCAGACCUGCAGGUCUCUGAAUCACGUUCCCGUCCUUUUACCAAGUUCAGAUCUGCGGUGAGAGUGGUCAUUGCAGUAUCAAGGUUAAAGUUUUUGGUGAAAAAAUGGCAUAAAGUAAACAGAAAAGGGGCACAGGGAGAAAACAUUUCUCACAGUAUCGGACAUAACCCAGUUUCUGGUGCUAGAACAGAAGUUUUAAGGCAGCAGCAGUUCCCAAGUGUUAAUGUAAACUCCCCUCCUACCCGAGAUAUUGGAUCGUGCCACAGAACCAGUUCUGCUAGAUUUGUGAGCCACUCACCGAAAUCCUCUUACUGGUUACAUAACAGAUUACAUCCAUCCACAAGUUCAGCUUCGGAGAAGUCACUAGUGUCUACUCAAGACCCCGAACGGUCAUUAACUGAAUACAUCCAUCGCUUAGAGGUUAUCCAGCAGAGAUUAGGAGGUGCACAAACAGGAAACACUCCAGGACCACCUCACCAGAGAAACAUAAAGUGAUCAGAGCAUUUCUCAGACCUGUGACCGAAAACUCCAGGUUGCUACUUGCUUCUGAAGUGGAUGCUUUUGUAUUCUUGUGUAUCCGAGUACUAGGAAAUCCAACACUUAUGUGCAGUUGAAUAAAGGGGUUUGAGUCUAUGCGACGUUUUUGCAUCAGAUUUUUAUGUAAUCGGUUUAUUAAAUUUUAGUACAUUUACACUUUUAGAGGAAGUCUCUAUUCACUUACAAUGUUUUACAUACUUAUGUGGAAUAACUGUUAACCUUAACAGCUUAAGUGUGCCUGCAGCAUUGUAUUGGAAGCCACAAAGUGUCUUUUUUAUGUUUAUUUUUCUAAAGUGUAUAGCCGGAUUCCUUGUAAAAAGUUAUUAAAAUGACAUUUUAUUAGCGAA